AUGAGUCUGGACGAGGACGCUCGCUGGCUGGAGUGGGUCACCAGACAGUUCGAGAGCAUCGCAGGAGACAACAAGGAAAUCGACCUGGAUGAGUUCAAAACGGCUCUGAAGGUCAAAGAAUCGUUCUUCGCCGAGCGUUUCUUCGCUCUGUUCGACUCGGACGGCAGCAGCUCCAUCAGUCUGGACGAGCUGCUCAAAGCUCUGGACCUGCUGAUCCACGGCAGCGAGACCGACAAGCUCAAGUUCCUGUUUCAGGUUUACGACGUGGACGGCAGCGGCUCCAUCGACCCAGAUGAGCUCAGAACAGUUCUAAAGUCGUGUCUGCGCGAGAGCGCCAUCUCUCUGCCGGAGGAGAAACUGGACGACCUGACGCUGGCGCUGUUCGAGUCAGCUGAUAAAGACAACAGCGGCGCCAUCACCUUCGAGGAGCUGAAGGCUGAGCUGGAGACUUUUCCAGAGGUGAUGGAGAACCUCACCAUCAGUGCUGCUAACUGGUUGAAACCUCCUGACGUGGAAGAGAAGAAGCGUCGUCAUACCCCUCGUUACCUGACGAGGGCGUACUGGCAGAACAACAGUCGGAAGCUGUUCUUUCUCUGCGUCUACGCCGGCCUCAGUCUGACGCUGUUCGUCGGCGCCAUGCUGCAGCACAGCCAGGGGGGGGCGUGGUUGAUGGUUGCCAAGGGCUGCGGACAGUGUCUCAACUUUAACUGCACCUUUGUCAUGGUGCUGAUGCUGCGGCGCUGCUUGACGUGGCUGAGGACCACGUGGCUGCUGAGGGUUCUUCCUCUGGACCAGAACAUCUUACUGCAUCAGAUCGUGGGUUACUCCAUCCUCUGCUACACGCUGGUUCACACCACCGCACACGUCUUCAACUUCGUCCAUCUGUCCCAGAGCAGUGGCUUCAGUUUGUGGGAGUACCUGCUCACCACCCGGCCGGGGGUCGGGUGGGUGAAGGGGACGGCCUCGGUGACCGGUGUGGUUCUACAGGUGGUGAUCUGCCUCAUGGUUCUCUGCUCCAGCACCUUCGUACGACGCAGCGGACACUUUGAAGUGUUCUACUUGUCUCACCUGUCCUACGUGUGGGUGUGGUCUCUGCUCAUGGUUCACUGUGCAAACUUCUGGAAGUGGUUUGUGGUCCCGGGUCUGGUUUUCGUGCUCGAGAAGAUAGUGGGAAUCGCAGUUUCUCGUAUGGGAGGUCUCUACAUCGUGGAGGUCAUCCUGCUGCCGUCCAAGGUGACUCACCUGGUCAUCAAACGUCCUCAGUUCUUUCAUUUCAAACCUGGAGAUUACGUCUACGUCAACAUUCCCGUCAUCGCCAAGUACGAGUGGCACCCGUUCACCAUCAGCAGCGCGCCAGAGCAGUCGGACGCUCUGUGGCUGCACAUCCGUUCGAUGGGCCAGUGGACGAACCGCCUGUACGAGUACUUCAGACGACCAGAGAGCGAGACGCUCAGUCCCAAGAGGCUGGCGACGAGCCUGAGGAACCGCAGGCAGCUGAGGGCCCAGUUUGGUGAAAAUCACCGGUUCUGCAACAUCAAGUGUUAUGUAGAUGGACCGUAUGGGACUCCGACCAGACAGAUCUUUGCCUCUGAGCACGCUGUCUUGAUCGGCGCCGGCAUCGGCAUCACACCCUUCGCUUCCAUCCUGCAGAGCAUCAUGUAUCGAUACAGACGCAGGAAACAGAACUGUCCCAACUGUAACUACUCGUGGUGUGAAAACAUUAAAGACAGCGACAUGAAGCUACGCAAAGUCGACUUCAUCUGGAUCAACAGAGACCAGAAGUCAUUUGAAUGGUUUGUUAGUUUACUGACCAAACUGGAGAUGGACCAGGCUGACGAGGAGCCGGAAGGACGAUUCCUGGAGAUGCACAUGUACAUGACGUCAGCGCUCAGUAAGAAUGACAUGAAGGCCAUCGGCCUGCAGAUGGCACUGGACCUCCUGGCCAAGAAGGAGAAGAGAGACUCCAUCACUGGGCUGAGGACCAGAACCCAACCUGGGAGACCUGAGUGGGGGAAGGUGUUUCAGAAAGUGUCCGAGGAGAACAAGGGGAAGGUCCACGUGUUUUACUGCGGCUCUCCGGCUCUGGCUAAACUCAUCAAGGCUCAGUGUGAACACUUCGGCUUCAACUUCUACAAGGAGAACUUCUGAGGAGGCUGCUGCUGUGAGUGUGUGUGUGUCUGUGUGUGUUUAUAUGUGUAUCUGUAUCUGUGUGUCUGUGUGUGUCUGUGUGUCUGUGUGUGUGUGUGUGUGUGUGUGUGUUGGACAGAUAUAUACACUGCUGUGGUUUAUAUCAUGAAUCUGUGUAGUUGACUCAUUCACCUCAGCAGCACGUUCAGGUUCUUUAGAAGAAAAGUGUGUGAACGUUAACGUCUGCAGAGAAUGAAGAGUUCACAGUUAAUGAGCUCACUAAGAGCAGAAGUGUAACAUUACAUAAACACAGUUUAUCUAUUGACAUCAUGUGACUGAACAGUAACUGAGGGGGCUGUGUUUUCUUUAAGACGUUCUGCUGUGGUUGUGUCGGAGGAACCGUCCUCUGUUCUCUUUAGAACAUCUGCCUCCAGAAGCUGCUGAUGCUCAGUGGAUUCCCUUCUUCCUUCUGUCGGUUCUGUCCCUCUCAAGAGAAAAACCACAAAGGCUGGUUCAAAAGAAAGUCAAAACGGUGUGAGAGGAAGAGACACAAAAUAAAAGUGAAUGGGAUA